AUCACAAACACUCCUACUUUUUUCCCCUUCUCUAAUUCCAUAAUUUUCCCCCAAUUUCUCUCCAAACUUUCCCCUUUUCCAAUCUUCAAAUCCCUAACUUUUCACACAAAAAAACGCCUCGUGAUUCUGCUUCACUAGUUUGCGGAGAGCGAAAUGCAACCAAGUUGACGGUUCUUCACUGAGCUCGAAUUUGCCGGAGAAGGAGCCUAAUUAUGGCCAGCAUCGAUCCGUUCAACCGCUUGGUGAAACUUGCGGCGAGGGCUUUUUACGAUGACAUAACGACGAAAGGGGAAAAUCAGCAGAAGACGGGGAGAAGCGACAAUAGAGGGAUUGCCGUUGUUGUUCUCGACGCUCUUACGAGGCGACAGUGGGUAAGAGAAGAGGAUUUGGCAAAGGACUUGAAGCUUCAUACCAAGCAACUUCGAAGAACUCUCAGGUUCUUUGAAGAAGAAAAGCUAGUAGCUCGAGAUCACAGGAAGGAGACUGCAAAGGGUGCAAAAGUAUAUAAUGCUGCAGUUGCUGCCACUGGUGAUAGUCAACAGACUGGAAGAGAAGGCGAUGACAAACAAAAGAUGCAUGUACACUCGUAUUGCUGUCUGGAUUAUGCACAGAUAUAUGAUGUGGUGAGGUACAGAUUGCAUCGAAUGAAGAAAAAGCUGAAGGAUGAACUAGAGAGCAAGAAUACUAUACAGGAGUAUGUUUGCCCCAAUUGUGGCAAAAGAUACACUGCUCUUGAUGCACUCCAAUUGAUCACUCCAUAUGACGAGUACUUCCACUGUGAAAGUUGCAAUGGUGUACUUGUAGCUGAAAGCGACAAGUUAGCUAUUCAAGAUUUGGGAGAUGGAGAUGAUAAUGCAAGAAAGCAUCGCCAUGAUAAAAUAAAAGACAUGUUGUCAAAGAUGGAGGUACAGCUCAAACCACUCAUUGAUCAACUUGCUAGGGUUAAGGAUUUGCCCAUCCCUGAAUUUGGAAAUCUUCAAGCUUGGGAAGCUAGAGCACAUGCUGCUGGGCGUUCUUCCAAUGGGGACCUUACAGCGAAUGACCCUUCUAAAUCAUCUCAGGGUUUUGGUUUUGGCGGAACUCCUAUGCCUUAUGUUGGGGAGACGAAGGUUGAAGUUGCUUUUUCUGGCAUUGGUGAAAAAGGAGAAACGGCGAAAUCAGAAACUCCUAUGAAAGUGUUGCCUCCAUGGAUGAUAAAGGACGGAAUGAGUCUCACGAAAGAGCAACGUGGAGAAACCAAAGCAGAGACGAAAACUGAUGGCACUUUGACAGCUCCCGAGGUUUCUGAUGACAAAAAAUCAUCAACAGUAAAUGAUGAAAAAAAGAGUAUACAGGAUGAAUAUGUUAAAGCCUAUUAUGCCGCUAUACUAAUGCGGCAACAUGAACACGGAGAGACAAUGAAUAGGCCGGAGCUAGCCAAUACGAUCUCCAACGAAGACUAUUACACCACCACUGAGCGGCAAGUUGGCAUGAAGUCAAAACGCGAAGAUUAUGAAGGAGACGAUGUCAAUUGGGAAGAGGCUGCUCCGCCAACCGGUGGCCAGACUAGACAAUUUAAAGUUGACCUGAAUGAAGAAGCUGAAGUUUCCGAGGAGGAGGACGAUAUCGACUGGGAAGAAGGAUGAAGCUCCGGCAGCUUAGAAAUUACUAUGUACAAGUAGUAGCAUCUGGUUGUGUGGAUAUAGUCAAUGUAGAAAAGUAGUGUAUGUAGAAAUAGAAUUGAACUGCAGAAUCCCCAGUGUAGAAGAUAAUGGCAUUUUACUUUGUGAUUUGAGUUUAGGCAUAAAUGAUCAUUGUAUCUA